ACGUCUUGACAUUUGUAAAAUAAAAAUGUCAAAAUUUGUCUUGCUUGCAUUGCAUUGUAGUGGCUAGACUGAACUAAACGAUGGAGCAAUAAAAACUGAAAAGUGAAGUGAAGAUACAUUUUGGCUAGCAAAUCUUGCUCGCUUAUCUCGCUCCCUGCUUGCUCAAUCCAUGUUCGGUUCGGCCAAAGAGAAUACCUACGAUAGGUUCGGCAUCCGUCUGACACAACACAAUCAAUCAAUAUUCAGAAUUCAGUUCUAUUACCUAUUUGCAGUUUUCAUAGGCUGUGUAUACCAGUGUCUAUGUCCUAUGCGCUAACAACUGCAAACAACAAAAAAGUAGUGAUUAUAUUUGAAAAUCUUUAUAACACGGAAAAUGGCGAGCAAUAAUUCUGAACCUUCACCAGCCCUCGUUGAGAUCAAAAUUGAACCAGAAUUAGGCGACAGCUCUCAACGGGCCCCAGUUGAGAUCGAAAUAAAGCUGGAACCAUUGGAUACUCCUCCGGACCUCGGUCUUCAAAUGUGUCCUGAGUCAAUUGGAGUUUCACCUCAUGAACGGGUGGAGGUCAAGACAGAACCAGUAGACGCCGCUCCAGCUGUGAUCAAAGUGGAACCACAUUCAGAUGAUGACGAUGUUGAAAUGAAAUGUGAAGAAUCUCAUGGAUCAGCGCAGCUGCCAGCAGCUGAGCCGUUCAGCACCUUCAAUGUGAAAUUUGAAAAUGAUUCAGUAUACCAAGGACUUGACACAGAGAUGGCCAUGAAACAGGGAGAUUGUGCUGCAAAAGAUGGCGCUUGGUCGGGUGACGUACAAAAACAAGCAGACGAGAGAACAAUCAACAGACGAGCGUCCACCGCUCUGACAGCCGAGGGAACACACCAGUGUGAUCUUUGUCAGCGACAGUUUAAGCGAAGUGGGGACUUAAUAAGACAUUAUAAAACUCACUCUGAUGAGAAACCUUAUCAGUGUGAAUUCUGUCCGUAUCAGUGUAACUACAAAUCUAUCAUGUUGAAUCACAUGAGAACUCACACCGGCGACAAACCCUUCCAGUGUGUAGAGUGCCAGUACCGAUGUAACAGUAAAUCUGAUUUGUUAAAGCACAUGAGAACCCACACCGGCGAGAAACCUUAUCAAUGUGACAUGUGUGAGAAGACGUUUAUACGAAAAGGCAAUUUGACAGAUCACAUGAAGACUCACACCGGUCAGAAACCUUAUCAAUGUGAGGUGUGCCAAAAGGCGUUUAUAGAAAGGAGGAAAUUAUUGAGUCACAUGAGCAUUCACACCGGUGAGAAACCUUACCAAUGUGACUUGUGUGAAAAGGCGUUCAGUCGAAGAUAUUAUUUGACAAAGCACAGAAGGAUACACACUGAGGAAAGACCAUUUCAAUGUGAAGAGUGUGAACGGGCGUUUACAGAAAAAAGCAAAUUGUUAACUCACAUGGGCACACACAAUGAAGCGAAACCUUUUCUCUGUGACGUAUGCCACAAGACGUUUAAUCGAAGAGAUCAUUUAUUAAGUCAUAAAAGAACUCACACUGGCGAGAAACCUUUUCAGUGUGAGUUGUGUGAAAUGGCCUUCACAGUUAGAAGUAAAUUGUCGACCCAUAUGAGCACUCACACCGGUGAGAAACCAUUUCAAUGUGAAUUGUGUCAAAAGUCGUUUGGCCGACGAGACCAUUUAUCAAGACAUUUGAAAAUCCACACUGGCGAGAAACCUUUUCAGUGUGAAGUGUGUCAAACGUGUUUUGCAUUAAAAGGCCAAUUGAGCGCUCACAUGAGCACUCACUCUGGUGAGAAACCCUUUCAAUGUGAAGUGUGUCAACGUCGAUUUAGUCAUAAAUCGACUUUAUUAAUUCAUAUACGAAAUCAUGUUGGCGGGAAACCUUUGCAGUGUGACGUGUGUCAAUAUCAGUGUAAUCGUAACUCGGAAUUAAUAAAACACAUAAGAACACACACCGGUGAGAAGCCAUUUCAAUGUGACAUGUGUGAAUACCGGUGUAAUCAGAAAUCUACUUUGACAUUGCAUAUACGAAAUCACAUUGGCGGAAAGCCACUUCAGUGUGAAGUGUGUCACUACCGGUUUAACCGUAAAUCUGAUUUGUUAACACACAUGAGAAUCCACACCGGCGAGAGACCUUUUCAAUGCGAAGUGUGUCAAAAGGCGUUUAUUCAGAAAUCGAAUUUGAAAAAUCACAUGAGGAUUCACACUGGCGAGAAACUGUUUCGGUGUGAGCUGUGCGAAUACCAGUGUAAUCACAGAUCUGCUUUAUCAAUGCAUAUAAGAACUCACACAGGUGAGAAACCUUAUCAAUGUGACAUAUGUGAGAGAGCCUUUAAUAAGAAAUCGAAUUUAAUGAGUCACAAGAGAACUCUGCAUGGAGAAACUGUGUCGAAGUUAAAUGCACCGAAUGCUUUAAGUACUGCUGUCAUAGAAGUAUGUAUAGACAUACCCCUCUGUCAAAACAAUAGCGAAACACAAGCGUCUUCAAGCUUAAAUGAGUAAUAGUACUGGUUGUGCUCGGAUUCCCAAGCUUAAAUGAGUAAUAGUACUUGUUGUGCUCGGAUUCCCAAGCUUAAAUGAGUAAUAGUACUGGUUGUGCUCGGAUUCCCAAGCUUAAAUGAGUAAUUGUACUGGUUGUGCUCGGAUUCCCAAGCUUAAAUGAGUAAUAGUACUGGUUGUGCACGGAUUCCUUGUUAGACUGAGUCGACCACGAGUGAAUGAGUAGCAGCUGUCGUCAUACUGCGUUAAUUACUUGAAACUAAUAAAAAUAUGGUGUUACAUUUUACAUUUGAUUGAAUUCUUAUCAUAUUCUAUUUUACAAUAUUUAAAUGAAGACUUUAUAACAAAUAAACGUCGUAUAUUUUAUUACUAAAAUUCUUUGUUGGAUUUGUUUACUAUUGUCUCGUCUGGUUGCCUUGGAAACAAGGAUCUGUUGGAUGAUAAAUCCGACAAUCCGUCUAACAGGUAUAUCAUAUACCUGAAUAUAGACUAAUCGAGGUUGUAUUUAAUAUAUUUUUUAAAAAAACGUACUUUAUGAGAAAGUAUCUUUUGUCACUAUUGCUUUUACACUUAACAGUAUUUGAUUUUGACAAAAUGAGACAAAACAUACUUUAGAUCAAAGAAUGCUUUGACUUUAUUAUGAACAACAUGAUUGUCUAUGACAAGGGAAUGCAAGAUUUUGUCAAUGAAUUAUCUUUUUUUUGGGAUGUCUACAGUUCACAGAAACACUCUUUACCGUUUCACAUUUCGACGAAUAUUUUUUUAUGGUUUCUCAAAAUCUAGAUAAGUUAAAAUUAAAAUAAUCGGUAAAUUCAGUUUUGCUUGACAUAAUUAGGUUAGGUAAGAACAUGUGUAUAAACUUUAAGUGACUUAAGAUAUUGAAGCGGUGGUGGUGUAAUGGUUAGGACGCCCGCCUGUGGAUCAAAAGGUCCCAGGUUCGAAGCCUACUCGUGCCACAUGAGUUUGUAUACCAAUCUGACUCAUGUAUAGUAGUUUUCAUCGACUACCACUCGCUUCCGGUGAAGGGAAACAUCGUGAUGAAACCUGCACACUGGUUGAUUAUUAACUUGUGUGUGAAAUGGAGAAGGCAAUGGCAAACCACUCCAUUAAUAAUGCCAAGAAAGUUGUCGUGUGUGUUUCAUUCCAGGUAAUGAGCACGACCCUCAGCCUCGGAGAACUUGAGAUGUAAAAAAAAUUUUCUGCGAAACGUGCUUUCUGUAAAAAGUGUUUCUGAGGGUUCACACUCUUCUUUUUCAUGUGGUGUCGUCUCAAUUUUUUUUGUGAGCUUGUUGGAACAUUAUAUUAGUUGUAUGUUUAAUUUAAAAUAAAUUGUGUGUGCUUCUAGCUGUAAGUAUCAAGAACAUUAGAAUAUAUAUUAUAUUAUCGUC